GAAUAAGCUAUUCGUGAACGCCAGUGUACUAUCGGCGCUCGCGUCUUAUCAGAGGCAGCUCGUCCCGUUUCGUAAUUACGGAUUUCAAGACAGUCGUACCGUGGCUCCAUUCGUGAAUAAACAUGCCCUGGCAUCGAACCGAUCACGAUAUGGAACUCACUGUUUAAUACAUGAAGAAGACGACCGAACGACGGCAUUGUUCUCGCGGGUCUCGCCGGACGCGAUCGGCGCGAUUUUGGCCGCUUUUCCCGUUGCAGUAAUAUUUUUAUUCUUUUUUCUACUUAUAAAUCCGACCUCGAAAAUGGCUUCCGUCUUGGGACCGUCCGUGGUCGUGCUACUGAGUAGGAGCGUCCGCGGGAGUAAUCGACGAUUCCUUUUUGCGAGUCUUCCGCGAUACGGAGUCGUCGUCCCCUUCAAGCUGACGGACAUCGGCGAAGGAAUUCGCGAGGUCACUGUCAAGGAAUGGUUCGUCAAGCCGGGAGACAGAAUCGUCCAAUUCGAUAACGUCUGCGAGGUGCAGAGCGACAAAGCCUCGGUGACGAUAACGAGUCGUUACGACGGUCUGGUAAAAAAGUUGCAUUACGAAAUAAACGACGUGGCCUUGGUCGGUAAACCGCUCGUGGACAUCGAGGUGGAGAACGAGACGUCCGAGACCGAAGCUAAGGAUGCGGAAUUCGAAAGUAAAUCGAAAGCAGCGGACAGAGUCGCUGGGGAUGAAAUCCUCAAAGGCGAGGAUCAAGGAGAGAAGGUGCUGACGACUCCUGCCGUACGGCGACUGGCCAUGGAAAAUAAAAUUAAUUUGAAGGAAAUCCCGGCCACCGGGAGGAACGGAAGGGUCAUGAAAGAGGACGUUCUCGCGUUCAUUCGAAGGGAGGCCAGGAGAGAGGAGAAAGAGGGUCCGGAAAAACCAGGGAGAUUCAAGGAAGGCGAAGUUCGACCUCUCAAGGGGUACGCCAAGCACAUGUGGAAGACGAUGACCCGAUCGGUUACUAUUCCGCACUUCGUGUACAGCGACGAGUGCAGGGUAUCGGAGCUGCUGGAGUUCCGGAACCGGGUGAAAGAUGUCCUGAAGGAGCGAGGCGUGACCCUGACUCUGAUGCCCUUCUUCGUGAAAGCAGUUUCCAAGGCCCUGGAAGAGUUUCCUCAGCUGAACGCUUGGCUGGAGGAGGAGUCGCAGGCGACGAGGGUCUUCGAGGGACACGACAUCGGCGUGGCCAUCGACACCCCGGAAGGGCUGGUCGUGCCAAGCAUCAAGGACGUCGGCGGAUUGACCAUCGUCCAGAUCGCCGAAGAGAUGAACCGGCUGCAAGCCCUUGGGAAGAAUGCCUCCUUCUCCGUGGACGACCUGCGGACCGGCACGUUCACGAUCUCCAACAUCGGAGCGAUCGGAGGCACUUACAUGAAGCCGGUGAUCCUGUCGCCACAGAUCGCGAUCGGGGCGAUUGGGAAAAUCGAGAGGGUGCCAAAAUUCAAUGCCGAAGACAAGGUCGUUCCUUGCCAUUGUAUGAGAGUGAGUUGGGCAGCCGAUCACCGGGUCGUCGACGGGGCGACCAUGGCGCGGUUCUCCAACCUCUGGAAACGUUACGUCGAGAACCCCGCCGAGCUGGUCCUAGGACUCUGAGCGGAUGCCCAGGGGAGUAGGUACUACAAUGUGGAAGAUUACCGAAAGAAAGUAGGAAAUAAAGCAAGGAAAACGGGA